GCAGCCGGGAUGUGAAUAGUGAAAACACAGCAGAUGAGCUGAAGACGCGAUAGACCCUCAAAUCACUGCGGAACCUCUGGUACUGCGGAACCUCUGGCGCUGCGGUGCUCCCACUCCACAGUCAGUCUACACCGGUACAUUCACAGGCAACAUGCCGUCUCCUAAAGCUAAAACCCCGGCUCGCAGCGGAGGAAGCCCGGUGUUCGGCAGCUCCAACGGCCGCUACGACUUCAAGUCACUGACGAAGCCGCUGAACCGCUCCUCGCCUCCGCCGCACCUGCUCCAGCGGCAAGGCUCCGACCCGACCACGGCCCGGCUCCGGGCCUCGGAGAGCCCCACGCGCCGCCGGGGCUCCAGCUCCUCCACGGGCUCUGCACCGGACGAAGACGGUAUACGGCUGAACCCGUCUUUCGUCCGCGUAGCGCUCAGCUCCCUGCUCGCCAUCGACCUGUGGCUGUCCAAACAGCUGGGGGUGUGCGCCUGCGAGGACUCGUCGUGGGGCAGCAUGCGUCCCCUGAUGAAGCUGAUCGAGAUAUCCGGACACGGCAUCCCCUGGCUGGUGGGGACCGCCUACUGCCUGUACAAGAGCGACACUGCUGCAGGACAAGAAGUCAUGCUCAACCUCUUCAUGGGCCUGCUGUUGGAUAUCCUCCUGGUUGGCAUUGUUAAGGCAGUGGUGCGUCGACGUCGGCCAUCACAUAAUCGCAUGGACAUGUUCGCCACCUUUUCCGUGGACAGCUACUCCUUCCCUUCCGGCCAUGCCACCCGUGCCGCCAUGUGCGGACGUUUUUUCCUGACUCACCUUGUGCUGGCCGCCCCGCUGAGGGUCCUGGUUCUGCUGUGGGUCGGCCUGGUGGGGCUGAGCCGAGUGAUGCUGGGCAGGCACAACGUGACUGACGUGGUGUUUGGGUUCUGGAUGGGCUACUGGCAGUACAACCUGGUGGAGAUGCUGUGGCUCUCCCCUCAGACCCUGCAGGGGAUGAUGGGACAGUUAUUUUAACUCAAAGGACUGAAGGAGGAGGGAACGUGGCAGUUUAAAUCUUGAUUGUAAGAGCACCUGCACACCUUUUAUGAGAUGAUUGACGGUUGUUUGUCUCGAGAGGAGAUCUCCAGCACACAUAGUUGUCUUCUUCUGUUGUCUUAAAUCAAGCUUCUUUUUUAUUCAUACAAGACCUGAAGGGGGCAGAUUUGACCAGUUUACCUCCUGAAGCCCCAUCAGGUGACCUGAUUCAUGGUUAAUAUGAAAAUUGAAGUGCGACAGUUGUUUUUAACUUUUGAAAUUAGUUUGGCUGCAAGCUUACAUUCGCUGUUUAUUUCAUGCUCCUGUUCACUUCAAGUGAACACAUCUAUUCAUACAUCCAUAUCACUUUAUUAUUCCUAUUGCUUUGACAAUAUCACACAAUAAUAAGUAUAUCACAUAAACAGAUGACUAGUUAACUUGGAUGGAAAACCAACUAAACUUAAUCAUUAUAAGGGCAUGCACAUAAAUAACUUGAUAUCAUGCACUUUAUUGUCGUCAUACAAGUAAACCGUCUUGAAUCACUAAUUAAAUCAAAAUUCAUUAAAAAAUGUGCCAUGGUCUAAGGAUAGAAAUAUAUAUAUAUUUCUAUCUUUCUUUUUAAUUAUAUAUUUUUCUUCACAGUUUAUUCAGUCAGAAGGAGAAGUGUGUGUGUGUUGGAGUCCUCUACUCCGCAGUCCAUUUCAAUUAGUUUAAUAAGGUUGAAGAACUACUGUACAAUACAUUUGUCAAUAGGAGGAAGGAAUAUUAUUUAUUGAGUGGACUUAUGUCUUUAUACCUUUCUUCACAUCGUCACUGAAAAGAAAUGAGCUUUUCAUCUACUAAAGUGUAACAGCCUGAAGAGGGGUCACCACUGUUAGACCUGGCUGAUGGUAAAGGGGUAACAGAUCUGCUGCUUGACUUCAAAACAUAAAUAAUGGCUGUAUAUUUAUGAUUUGUCUUGUUGGUUGCUGUUAGAAGCUAAAGAACUUUAUUUAUAAGGCAAACAAGUGAAGUCGGAGUCACAGAAAAGCAAAAAAUCUUGACAAAGCGAAAUGGGAUCUGUGACUGUUCAGGUUCAAUCAGCUGAUUCGACACAAAUGAAACAAGUUACACAGUCCUCGGCGGAGGGAAGCAAAUUCAAUUACCUAUACAAUUUACAUUAUACCUCAAUGACUGAGGAUAAUAUAACUUAGUCAUAAUUCUCAUACUAAAUCUCUGUCCAAGAAAAUAGUGUAAUAUUAAGGAAAUAUUGAAAAAUUAACAGAUUAUGAUAAAUAAUAAAAAAACAUUUGUUGUGGGGCUGAAGUGGCACUUUAAAGUUUUCCACUUUAAAAAAUGGCAGUUUUAAUGUUGCCAUCAGGUUAUGGUUGAUGACAUCUCAGCUAUAUUAUCUGUUGAUGUCCUGGUGCUCUGCUUGGGUUCAUGGAUCAGUGGGCAGAUCAGGACAGAAGUGAAGAGUUUUGCAACCGAACUGAAGCAUCAAAAAGCAAGAUUAACAACGGUUUGACCACAUUUUUCUUCAUCUUUUACGCUUUUGAUGUACAUCGAAGGACUUAUAUAUAUAUAUAUAUACAUGUAUAUUGACUUUUGUCAUAGUGAUUUUGAUGAAAAUUUUAUUGUGAUAGUUUAUCGCCCAGACCGAAAUAAGACCCAAGUUUAGCCUGCAUAUUUCUUCUGAAUUCCAUAGUUCUGUGGAAACUGUGUCUAAUGCACAAACUUGAAUAUGAUAUGUGAAGUUGUGGAGUAACGGUUGGACAGAUCUAAUAAUAAUAAUAACUUUAUUUAUGGAGCACUUUUAAAUACAAAGUACAAGGUUCUGCACAGCAAAACAAAUGCUUAAAAUAUGGAAAUAAGUACAUAUAAGUAAUAUAUACUAAUAUAGUAAUAUAUGUCUAAAGGACAAUAGCAGCCUGGCAUCCUAAGUAAAUUUAGGAAUAUGCCUUUUGAGGAAACAUAGAAGACAACAGUCUUAGACAGCCUUAUUCCUCAGGCAAUUCAUUCCAGAGCCUUGGGCUCCUGAUGGCAAACGCUCUUUCCCUCUUAGAGUUGAAUGCUUUUUCCUGUGUUUAAGUUAGCUCUGUUUAAUACUUAUUCUCAGUUGUCAGACUCAAGGCAAUAAUCAGUAAAGGCAAGAACUGUUAGUGUUGAACUGUUGCAAGUUAUUAACGAAGAAGUGACUCUUUGAACGUCACCAUGACUCUUUGAACGUCACCAUGUGGGCCAUGUCUGCUGCUCCUCGCAUGUUUUAUGUAACUAUUUCUGCUAGUUAAUCUUUCCCAUCACUCGUCUCAUUGACUGGUCGUCAGGUUCACACAUUAAUGCCUAGAGUCAGCAUGUUUGAUGAUUAAACCAUAUCCACGCACCAACCCACUGACUGGGAGUUCAGUGCCAAAGCUGAGAUUCAACGUUAAUGUUCUAACCAUGUAUUACGCAAGUUGUUAAGAUGAUGCACAACCACUUGCGCACUUCACACCCACACACUCAUUCAUUUUAGCACUGCCAGAGACCACAACUUGUAAAUCUGCAGGUGCAUUUUAAUUUCCAUGUGUGCUGGUCUGUUUUUACUUUGUCUAUUAUAGAGGAUUUUGUUCAGAUGUGUGAAUUUUUGGUUUUGGUGUAAUUGUUUAUCAGCUGUUUACAAUUCAGUGGACAGAUCGAAUGUUUCCUCUCUUGUGUGUGUGCAGCUUUUACUACUAUUGUAUUUCACUUUAUGAAAGGGUUUUUAACCUGUGAACCAGUUGAUCCUGAUAUCUGGUAUGAACCAACUUAAUUUAACAGACUGUUGUAUAUACUGGUGCCCACUCACACACUGUUCUAUUGACCUCUUUCUUGUUGUGCCCUCAUUCUCCAAAAAGUGACCAAUGAUCUCCCCAACAUCGGUGGAAAGAUACUGCGAUGGCAGCCUGCAGCCUUUUCAUUUCAGUGCACUUCUGUGGCAAAUCUAAAUAUGCUGGAUAUCAUCAUGACCAAACGUUUUUUAUGAUUGAUUUAUUUCUUGUUUUACGUGUUGAUAUUGAGAAGAAUCUGAAAUAUCAGACAAAAUGUUUACUAUAGGCUCCGUGUGUUUGUGUUAGGGAUAGAUUUUGCACAUUCCACCUUUGUACACCAUCCUUAAGAAAGAUGCAUAUUUUGAUUUAUUCCGCUACCAGGUAAAUCCCACUUUGUGAAACAUGAAGCCAGCUCCAAAAUACUUCACUGCACACAGUCUUGCCUGCUGUAUGAUAUAAAUUGUUAAUGCGUAUCCUGUACAUAUUUCUGUAAUGACAUGAGAUUCCACUGUGUUAUGUUCCAUUCUCUCUGAAUGGCUAUUCCCGGAUAAUUUGAUUGUAGUGGUGGAUUUUAAUUAAAUUGGGAAGAAAUCUGAA